AUGUCUGGGGACACGGUACCAAAGGACGUUCAUCAGAUGGAUAGAGCUCAAAACUCUAAAAGCUUUAGGGUUGUACUCCACCUGAGUUGCCCAGAGCGAUCAGAAAUGCAAUCAGCUGAACCGAGAGCAUCUGUAAGUGUCCUCGGGGCGAACAGAGUGACUGUCCACACUGGCAGGGGUCACCGGGUUCUGGAUUUCGAUGCUGUUUGGAAUGAGGAGGCUUCGCAGAUUGAUGUCUAUGAGUCAACAGCGAAGCCUUUGGUGGAGUAUAUAAUGAAGGGAUAUAAUGGAUGUUUAAUAUCAUAUGGACCCUUCACCAGAGGAGAUACCCACCCAGUUCAGGCUUCAAGCAUCAGACAAAGGAGCAUCAUAGGCCAUGCUGCUGAGGACAUCUUUAACUCUCCUGAGGUUUCUCACUGUAGAGUCCGAGUGUCUUUUUAUCACAUUUCCAAUGAGAAGAUCUAUGACCUGUUGGAGUCUCAGGUGAGCGAGCUGUGCCGAAUCCACGACACUGAAGAGGCGGUGCUCCUGGAAGGGCUACAAGAGAUGGAAGUUGACUCAGCACAGGGACUAAUGGAGGUGUACCGUAUCGGGACCACCCACAGGAACACAGGUGUCUUCAAGGGCGACUUUGCCUGCAGAUCUCAUAUGGUGUUCAACAUUGUGGUCAUAAACAUGAGGGCUCAGUCCUACAAAGAAGGAGGUUUGAUGGCCAGCAAGCUCACUCUGGUGGAUCUUGCAAGUUCAAGCAAAUCGGCAUAUCAAAGCCCUGCUGUUCUGGAUAUGAUGAGGACUCUCCACAUGGCUUCAGAAAACCCACAGGAGGCCAAAAGUCUUAAACGAUCCCUUACAAUCUUCAGAAAUGUGAUAUUUUCUCUUAGUACCCCCGGCUGUCAGCACGUUCCUUACAGAGAAUCCAAACUGACUCGUGUCCUGAGAGACUGCCUCGGCGGAAACUGUCGGACGUGUCUGCUGGCAACCACACCAGCCCAGUCGUGCUCGGUCGCCGAAACUAUGAGCUGCCUGCAGUUUGCUUCUCAGGCUAUGAACGUACCAUCCAGGCCGAUUCACACCUCGCAGAUCCACUACACACCUGCACAGGUGCAGAACAUGUGGACAGCAGAAAAGAACUCCCAUCUUCAGACCAGAACACAGAUCCUUCCACCAGUCAGUGCUGACAGGAGAUCUCAGACCAGCUUGCCCCCUAUAGUGACCAGUCCAGCAGCUCUCGCUCAGCCCAAACACAAGCGCAGCCUGGAGGGUUCGGAGAGCCGCCCCUUUCUGCCUCACCUGGAGAGACUCAAGGCAGCGAGGUCACGGAUCACAGAGGAGAAAAGCGGAGCCGUGGACGCGCGUGUUGUAAAAGGUACCCUUCCUGUGUCCCGAUGCCUUUCCGGGUCUGUAUUUCCCGAGGCCUUAGACCGUCUCUCCGCUGACCAGAUCUCCUCGUCCUCACCCCUGGCCUCUGAGUGCCCCACCUGCAAACAGGAACGAAAGAUCCGAGCCGAGUAUGACAAAUUUAUCAUUCAGGUGAAGAAAGACAGAGACAAUCUGAGUCAGAGAGUCACGGAACUGGAAAAAGAGCUGAAGAACAGAGGAGCAGAGCAGAGUGACGACGAAAAAGCCACCGGAAGCAAAGCAGUUCAGACCGAAAGAGAAGACGAUAACAGAAGCGAAAAGACUGGAGGGGAUGAAACAGGCAGAGCAGAGAAACAGUGGAGCGUUGGAGAGAAUGAUGACUAUGCAGGAAUGGAAUCCACCAGCACCUCACGUGCAGCAACACAGGAGGCUAAACCCACAGAGGAGGAGAUCGAGCCUUUGAGAGAUGUGUUAAAUGUGUGUGGAGCAGUGGCGGCUUUCAAAGAGGGGAAGCUCAUUGAGAGUCUCCUGUCAGAGCUGCACAGUAUUAGAGAAGAGUAUGAAGGACUGAGGAAGAAUGCAGCUUUUACCAUCACACAGCUGCAGAAAGAAAAGGCUGAGCUCAUCUCUCAUAUAGACAACACCAAACGCUGCUUUGAAAAAGUAUGUGUAGAGAACGCAGCACUAAAGGCGAGACUGGAAGCUCUUCUGAAUAAAUCCGACUCUAGACCCUGUUCUGCAAACAACGGCAAAACAGAAACACGCUCCUCUCACACACACAUGAUCACCACCGACACAGAAAUGCUUGUGGUAUCACACAGGGUUUGUCAGCAGUGCUCCGUCAGCUCUUCAAAAGAGGAUAAAGGGGGUGGGUGUUGCUUUAAUUCAUCAGACUCUCCUGAAACCUCCGAGUCUGGAUGUGGUGACGGGCCGCCUGAGCCAGGCUCACGUAGCUGCGGACCAACUCUACACAAACCCAGCCUCUACAAACAACUAAGACGGGAGCACAGUUUACUGCUGGAUGUGAUGCUGGUGCUGUACAAGAGAGAGUGGUUCCUUCAGGACGCCAUGCCCUACGUCAGACGCACCCUCAAGAAGUGUGGACUCACUCUGGAGGACACAGAUUGAUGGAAAUCUGAGAAUAUGGACUUUUGUGUUGGUUUUACUUAACUGUGGUCGUUUGCAGAUAUGCAGUGUUACCUUACCACUCGGCACUCACAUCAGUGGACAUUUAUCUGGUUUACUUUAAAUUAUGAAUAUUUUGUCCCAAUAUAUGCCACUAAAGGCCACGAUAACCACACUGGCAAACAGGCAACCAAUAUUAUAUGGACACUUGAUCAUGACCUAGCAUGACAUCCUAUAAGAUAAGAUAAGAUUCCUUUAUUGAUCUACAUGGGGGAAAUUUGUUCCAGUACAGUGUAAGUAAAAAUCAUGCUUUAGAGAAUAAAAUAAAAAUAGGAAAAUUAUAAAACAUAUUAGCUAUGAGAUGCACUUACUAUUAUACAUCAGUAUGGUAAUU